UGUAAUAACUAAUGAGAAAUUAAUUCAUAAAGAUCUGCAUCCGCUCGAUUGUUGUGACGAAGAAAAGAUAGCUCAGCGUAAAGCUCAUGGCACGUACAAAAAUGUUCUCCUGGCGUUUGGUUACUUGAUUGUUGGAUUUGCGUUGAGUUUUGCUGUAUUAUUUCACGGAAACAAUCAAUUUGACAAUUUCUGGAGAGCCAUCAUAAAAACUGUGGUAAUGAUGAUGGGCGAGUACGAGUAUAAUGAGCUAUUCGAGAGCAAUUUUCUAUCGGUAACAAGCAGAAUCGUCUUUGUCGUCUUCAUCAUGCUUGCCAGUAUCGUUCUGAUCAAUCUCAUGAUCGGUCUGGCGGUCAACGAUAUUCAAGGUCUCGAAAAGGAGGGCCACAUACGUCGAUUAUUGAAACAAGCGGAGUUUGUCGCACAUUUAGAAAGGGUGACAUCACAUCGAAUCUUUCGUAGCAAUUGGCUACAUCCCCGUUUAAGAAUGCUGUUGCACUCGAGACGCGAUAUUCCCACAAAAAUUACGCUGGUCUCUCGUGAAAAUUAUUUUCAUCAUAUGAGUCAUUUCACGGAGGCGCCUCCUAAGAUUUCCGCCGAUCUAAUAGACGCCUUAUUUUUGUUAGCCACCAAGAACAAUAAUUUAACGGAUAAAAACAUAGAAACUGACGAUAUGAAGUUGACUUCCAUACUAACCAAUUUAGAGGAACAAAUCCGGGAAUUGAAAACACAUUGUGUGUACAACUAUCGUAAUUUGACAGAUCGAAGAUUGUCGAAACGACACGGACUCAAAAGAAAACCUGUCCAAAAAAGAUAUAUAAAUACUUAA